AUGAAUAGACACUUGCCUACCAGACAAGCAGCCUCACACGAUUGGCUAAACUUCACUCCGGCGCACGUUAGCACUAUUAGAAACCGUGACCCCAUUAAAGCUCAUAUUAGGGUUCGUCUAACAUGCGCCCCCCACGAGAACCCUACGCCCCCUUUGUUUUCUCGUGAGCCGUUUGAUCCGGUAUGCGCAGGGAGCGCAGAUCACCCCCAACCCCGCACCCGAAACUCGCGUUCGAAAAUCCUGGGCCGAGCGAAAAUCAUGGGACCGCAAAAACCGCUACCGUCCCAUCCUACGGCCCACAUCGCCUAUGCGCUCGAUAACUCCGUGUAUACCGUCGGCGCACGAUAGCUUCAACCCGUCAUAAAUAGUCCUCCGUCCGCCAUGGAUGCGCGCCGCUCCUCUCUUUCCUCUUCCUCCACUCUCCUCCCUUUCUAACGUUUGCAUCUUCCUUCAAAUCGGGCUUGUUUUGUUUUUCUCGAAAUUGGGUUGAAAUUUGUGGAAUUUAAGAUAUGAUUGAGAUCAGUCCUAUUGAUCGGACGACGGAGCCUGUAGGAGAUGGAGAACCCAUCGCGGCCGGCGGUGAUGAGAGAUCCGUAUGAGGUUUUGGGGAUUUCUAGGGUUUCGACGGAUUUCGAAAUCAAGACGGCUUACAGGAAGUUGGCUCUAAAGUAUCACCCUGACAAGAAUGUUGGCAACCCUGAAGCUUUGGAACACUUCAAAGAGGUCGCUUACUCAUAUAACCUUCUAUCUGAUCCAGAGAAAAGAAGGCAUUACGACAGUGAUGGAUUUGAGGCGUCGUAUUUGCAGUCUCAUUUGUCUAUAAUGGAAAGAAUGUCUGAAGAAACAGGUCUAGUGAUGGAGGCUUCCGAUAAUGGUACAGAUUUGUCAACUGAUGAUAUUGGCACAAUAGAGGAAACACCUGAAGAAACGAUUCUAUCACGGCAAACUUCUGUAAAUCUCGUCCCCUUUGUUGGCCAAAGAUUUGUUUCUCAAGAUGCUGCUUAUGAAUUUUAUUGCAGUUAUGCAAAGCAAUGCGGUUUCUCAAUUCGACGUCAUCGUACUAGAGGAAAAGAUGGAGUUGGCAGGGGAAUUACGAGAAGGGAUUUUACCUGCCAUCGUGGUGGCUAUCCACAGAUAAAACCAUCAGAUGAAAGCAAACUACAAAGAAAUCGGAAAUCAUCACGGUGCGGGUGUCCAGCAUACAUGCGAAUUGUUAAAAGGGCAGAUUUUGAUGUUCCCGAAUGGCGUAUUACGGGCUUUAGCAACACCCACAACCACGAACUCUUAAAAUCGAAUGAAGUUCGUCUCCUUCCUGCCUAUUGCACUAUAUCAGCAGAUGACAAAAGCCGAAUUUGCAUGUUUGCAAAAGCUGGGAUGUCAGUGCGGCAAAUGCUAAGACUAAUGGAGCUAGAGAAAGGUGUGAAACUAGGUUGUUUACCAUUUACAGAAAUAGAUGUGAGAAACCUAUUACAAUCUUUUAGAAAUGUGGAUAAAGAUAAUGACGCUAUUGACCUUCUUACAAUGUGCAAGAACAUCAAGGAUGAAGAGCCCGACUUCAAGUACGAGUUUAAGAUAGAUGCACAUAACCAGGUGGAGCAUAUUGCUUGGUCAUAUGCUUCAUCAGUUCGAUCAUACGAGGCUUUCGGAGAUGCAGUGGUUUUUGAUACGGCCCACCGCUUGGAUGCCUACGACAUGCUGCUCGGAAUCUGGAUCGGAGUUGACAAUUACGGCAUGAAUUCUUUUUUCGGCUGUGUGCUCUUGCGGGAUGAGAACAUGCAUUCUUUUUCAUGGGCACUGAAGACGUUUUUGGGCUUCAUGAAAGGAAAGGCUCCGCAAACAAUCUUGACAGACCAAAAUAUGUGGCUUAAAGAGGCGAUUGCUGUUGAAAUGCCAGACACCAAACAUGCCUUCUGCAUUUGGCACAUUAUCGCGAAGUUCUCUGAUUGGUUUUCUGUACUUCUAGGAUCACAAUAUGACAAUUGGAAAGCUGAGUUCCAUCGGCUCUAUAAUAUGGAGACAGCGGAAGACUUUGAAGAAGGAUGGAGGGAGAUGGUUAAUGCAUACGAACUUCAUACUAAUAAGCAUAUUGUCAGUUUGUAUGCGUUACGGAAGCUUUGGGCAUUACCGUACUUGAGAUGUCACUUCUUUGCGGGAAUGAAUGUUACCUUCCAAUCAGAGUCUAUAAAUGCUUUCAUCCAACGAUUCUUGAGUGCACAAUCUCGGCUUGAUCAUUUUGUAGAACAAGUAGCUGUUGUUGUUGAUUUUAGGGAUCAAGCUGGAGCAAAACAAAAGAUGCAACGGAAACUUCACAAAGUCUGUCUCAAAACGGGUUCACCCAUUGAAGCUAAUGCGGCGACUGUUCUUACACCUUAUGCAUUCUGCAAGCUCCAAGAAGAACUUGUUUUAGCUCCACAGUAUGCAUCAUUUCAAAUGGACGAUGGGUAUUUUCUUGUGAGACACCAUACCCAAAUGGAUGGCGGGUGCAAAGUGAUUUGGAUUCCUGGAGAAGAGCUCAUUAGAUGCAGCUGCCAUCAAUUUGAAUUUUCAGGCAUCCUUUGUAGGCAUGUUCUUCGUGUCCUCUCAACGAAUAACUGCUUUCACAUCCCAGACCAAUACCUACCCCUUCGUUGGCGUUGUGUGAGCAAGCCCUUUCGGACAACUCCGAGGGAGAAUGCUGAUAGAGUUCAGCUAUUGCAGUCUAUGAUUUCGGCCCUUAUAACGGAAUCAGUCUUAACGGAGGAACGCCUUGAUGUCGCUUAUGAACAAAUUGAUUCGGUGUUGUCUCGUAUUAAAGAAUUUCCUAGGCCCAUGCAUGGUACAAGUGAUAUUGCCUAUGGGAGUCCCAACUCCCUAGUUCUACCUGAGGUGGAGGACUCUGAUGGUAUUGUUCAAAGCUUUACAACAGGGAAUCCUCAUGAAUCUAUUGCUCUGGGAAAGCUAAAAGAAAGAAGAGCAAAAGAUGCAGUUGAGCUUUCUAGGAAAAGAAGGCGUUGUUCUGUUCCUUGCUGCGGGCAAUUUGGACAUGAUGCAAGUGACUGCCCAAUGGUGGGAGCUGAAGGUUUGAAUGGAGAUGGACUUGGGUUCUUAUAGAAUUAGAUUUUGGACUGGGUAUAUAUUAUGUACGGGUAGUGUUAUGCUGAUCAAUGUUCAUACGCCGCUUGCAAUACAUCAUCCCAAUGCAAUCAUACAAAUUUGUUUUUUGUCACAUCUGUGAUUUAGCAGCUGAAAGUUCACAUAUUCUCUUGGCCUUGUAUGAAAUUAAGAAGCUUCUUUUCCAUUCAUGAAUGUCGAGAAUACUUUGGUCCACAUUUUAUACAGAUAAGAGCUUCAACAUGGAAAAGUAGCUCUGUUUUGUAAA